AUGUUGUCACUUCCAGUUCGUGCGUUGCCGCGCACUUUGCAAGUGCGUCCAAACCGAGCUCUCUACGCUCCUCGAUUCCAGCGACUGGCACUACUUUCAACAUCUUCGAUCAAAGCAGCAACUGCACUUGAACGACAGGGCAAUGCUGUGCAAGGACUGACAGCUUCUGGCCAAGUGCGGAGGGAGGUUCCUCUGCCUAGUCAGGAGAAGAAAGAGGGCGCAAUGCAAUAUGUUCUGACGACGCUUGAUCAGGUUGCAAACUGGGCGCGACAAAGUUCGCUGUGGCCCAUGACUUUCGGACUCGCCUGCUGUGCCGUCGAGAUGAUGCACCUGUCCACACCUAGAUACGAUCAAGAUCGGCUUGGUAUUAUUUUCAGAGCCUCACCACGACAGUCCGAUGUAAUGAUCGUCGCCGGUACUCUGACAAAUAAAAUGGCGCCGGCUCUCCGUCAGGUCUACGAUCAGAUGCCUGACCCGCGCUGGGUUAUUAGUAUGGGAAGCUGUGCUAACGGUGGCGGCUAUUACCACUACAGUUACUCAGUUGUUCGCGGUUGUGAUAGGAUCGUUCCCGUCGAUGUCUAUGUUCCUGGAUGCCCACCCACAUCCGAGGCGCUGAUGUACGGUAUUUUCCAACUUCAAAAGAAGAUGAGACACACUAGAAUAACUCGCAUGUGGUAUCGGCGUUAA